UGAAGAAUGAAGAUAUUCCGAAGUCAACUUUGACUUGGAGGAUCAGAUGAGCAGUUGUGCAGUCACGGGACCUGAGCAUCCAUCCGAUGGUAACCUGAAGUAGGUAUUUACCUGGUUCUACCUGCUCGUAGGAUAUCUCGAAUCCGACCUGCUGGUGGCUUAGUUUCAAUCGACUUUAUUGUCAUUCAUCUCCUGCAUUGUGGUUGAUUUUCUACGAUUGUUGUUGCGCUCUGCGGGUUGCCAUUGUUCUUGGGAUGCCUCAGGCUACCCAUGUCCCCCACUUCGACGUCAAAAACACAUCGCAAGAGAAGCUGGUGCUUUCCUCCUCGUCCAUUCCACCCUAAGAGUCCCCUGUAGAAACUCUCAAUUUCUUCAAAAUGACAGGAACAUAUGAGUCAAAUCCCGAAUGGGCCUCCAUCCAGCCUAUCCCCCUUAACGAUGGGUCAGAUUCCGGGGCUCUCCCGCUGGCCACUAUUGCCUACAGCGACGCCUAUCUAGAGGCGACUUCAUAUCUUCGCGCCGUUAUGGCUGCCAACGAAAUGUCCGAAAGGGCCUUGAAAUUGACGGAAGAUAUUAUCUCCAUGAACCCUGCUCAUUACACUGUCUGGAUAUACCGCGCUAAGAUCCUCUUCGCCUUAAAUAAAGACCUCAAUGAGGAGCUAGAAUGGCUUAAUCGAGUCUCAUUAAAGUAUCUUAAAAACUAUCAGAUUUGGCAACAUCGACAGGUCCUCAUGUCCUGUCAGGACUUCUUCCCCACUAUUCCGUCCAAAGAAAUGGACUUUUUAAUGGAAAUGUUCGCCCAGGAUUCGAAGAACUACCAUGUCUGGACCUACCGUCACUGGCUCGUCCGUCACUUCGAACUCUGGGACUCCCCGCGCGAGAUUCAGGACAUAAACGCCCUCCUCGCCUCGGAUGUGCGCAACAACUCCGCCUGGAACCACCGCUACAUGCUCCGAUUUGGGCCACGGAGUGACCAGCCCGACAGUGGUAUGGCGAAUUUCGGGGGCCAGUUGCCGGUCGUGGAUGAGGACAUGGUCGAUGAGGAGCUUCAGUACACGCAGGCGCAGAUCCUGCUAGCACCCGAGAAUAAAAGCCCCUGGUCUUAUGCCCGGGGUACGCUGCGUGCCUCUGGCCGGCCGCUCUCGGAGUGGGCCGAGUUUGCCCGGAAAUUUGUAGUCGAUCAGCGAGAUGAUGAGGAGAAAUUGGAGGAUGUUGAGGUGAAGAGCAGCCAUGCGGUGGAGUGGCUGGCGGAUGUGUAUGCGGAAGAAGGCCAAUCUGUGCGGGAAACCAGUGCUACCUCCGAGGCAGUCCGGAUGUUCAAUCUUCUCAAGGAUAAGUAUGAUCCUAUCCGGAAAAACUACUGGGAUUAUCGCAUUCGGAUGAUUCAAGGGCAAGAAGUUCCAGCUUCGGCGUGAAUAUGAGAAAUGUAUGUCCUUUUUUCGAAUGUUUGGCGCUGAUCUUUUCGGGAUGUUGGUUCCCUCAGUAUGUGGUAUCAUAAUGUUCAUGAACAGUGCUUAAUGAAAAAGACACGAUUUACAUUAAGUAUAAAAAAAAUCCAGAUUAAUUAACC